AUGUGCGGUAGAUAUUUGACCCCACUACAACCAAAUCCUGGAUCCGCCCCUGCGUAUAAAGGUGAACUGCCAGAAAGAGCUAGACAACCCGACUGUGGGUAUUAUCUGAAAACCGGAACCUACAAAUUUGGUUCAGCAUGUAAAUAUCAUCACCCGCGGGACAGACAUGGUGCUGGACCAGUCCUACUUAACAGUUUGGGCCUACCUAUGCGGCAGGAAGAAAAUCCAUGCCUUUUUUAUCUGAAAACUGGAUCGUGUAAGUUUGGAGCCUCAUGUAAAUUUGAUCAUCCUCAACUUGCAUCCACUGGAACUGCCUUGGCCGUUCCUCCACCUGCUGCCUACGGAUCUCCAGGUUUAUCAGUUCUGCCUUCAUCUGGGCACUUAUAUGGGAGGAUUUUCAAAGUUGCCAUUUUCAAGAACACCAUACUUACCUGCGUCAGGUGUACAAGUCCCCCAGACCUAUAUGCCGGGCCUUAUGUCUCCAAGCAUUGCACCAGGAUAUGGCUGGAACACUUAUCAUGGUUAGUGAAUGAUGUCUUUUACAGGAAAGAAGGUUAUUGCCCAGUCAUUUUGUAUGGAGUUUAAGCAUUUUUAAUUCAUCUACUCAGGACAUUACAGAUAUGGUUCCAAAGUUCGAUUCAUAGUAUUUUUGGUUGUAUACUAUUGAAUGUCAUAUAGU